ACGCGGGCCCGCCUGGCUCCCGCGGGGGCGUCUCUCUCUUCCACGCGGCUUGAGCUCGCUUCGAGGGCCGUGCCCGAGGCACCCGCACACCCACUCCGUACUGGUUUCGCAGCCCAAGGGGAAACAAGGGCACGCGCUCGGCCCUCCCUCCCUCCCUCCCUCGCACUCGCCCCACGUGGCGCCCGGGCCGUGGGGAGCUCGCCUUGGCCGCUCGGGUUACAUCCCAAAUAGAUGACCGUGAGGCGCUCCAUGCGGGCGGGGCUGCCUUUGGAGACUGUUCGGAAGCUCCCAGUGGUCCCGCCAGAGGCAGCCGGGCUGCUCCCCAGGGCGGCAUUCCGAGAGGGAGGGAGGGAGGGAGGGAGGGAGUGAGGGGGCGCCCGGCCCGGCCACCCGGCACCAGUCCAAGCGCCGGCCUUCGCCUAUCAAGCCCUCAACGGUUCCGGCCCAGCUUAGCUGUCCGAAUGGAUCUCCGAGGAUGGUGGUCCUCCUCCUCGCUCUCUUGGGGAUGGAGCCGUGGGUGUCUGAAGAGACCUCUUCUUGACCCGCACGUUCUCCCUUCCGCAGUGAGGACAUCGGUCCCGGUCACUCCUUCCUCUUGGCACGUUUCUCCCUUCCGCCCUCCAUUCGUGCCUCUUCGAACUCCGCAGCACUGCUGGUCACAGCUGACCUCCAAUGAGAGCGCUCAAGGGCCAGGGCUUCCCAGUUCUCUCUCAGUGUCUAUGCCACAGUUGUUAAGGUUGGCUUUGAGCCCAUCUUUAAAUCUCUUUUCCUGCCCACCAACAUUACGUUUCCCGUUCUUGAGUUCGGAGUAGAGUAACUGCUUUGGAGACGGUGAUCUUUGGGCAUCCGGACAACGUGGCCUUCAGUCCCGCGGAGUUGAUGGCGGAGGAGCAUCGCUUCAAUGCUGGUGGUCUUUGCUUCCUCAAGCACGCAGACAUUUGUCCGCCUGUCUUCCCAAGAGAUUGGCAGGGUUUUUCUGAGGCAACGCUGAUGGAAACGCUCCAGGAGUUGAGUGUGAUGUCUGUAGACCAAUUAUUAGUCUGUAUAAUUAUUAGUAUUAUAUUGUAUUAGAUUAUAAUAUUAGUAUCAAUAUUAUAUGUAUACACAAUAUAUUCAAUUACAGUAGAAUCUCACUUAUCCAAGCUAAACGGGCUGGCAGAAGCUUGGAUAAGUGAAUAUCUUGGAUAAUAAGGAGGGAUUAAACAUCAAAUUAGUUUAUGAUUUUACAAAUUAAGCACCAAAACAUCAUGUUAUACAACAAAUUUGACAGAAAAGGUAGUUCAAUACGCAGUAAUGUCAUGUUGUAAUUACUGUAUUUACGCAUUUAGCUCCUGGUGGUGGCGCAGUGUGUUAAAGUGCUGAGCUGCUGAGCUUGCAGACCGAAAGGUCCCAGGUUCAAAUCCCGGGAGCGGAAUGAGCGCCCGCUGUUAGCCCCAGCUCCUGCCAACCUAACAGUUCGAAAACAUGCACAUGUGAGUAGAUCAAUAGGUACCACUCAGGCGGGAAGGUAAUGGCGCCAUCGGCUCUUUGGCUUAGAAAUUGAGAUGAGCACCAACCCCCAGAGUCGGUCACGUCAGGGGAAAACCUUUACCUUUUAAGUCUUAAUACUGAGGGCGGGGGGCAGGUAAAUGACCUUGGAGGGCCGCAUCCGGCCCCCAAGCCUUAGUUUGGGGACCCCUGCUUUAGAGAACUGGUGCAAUAGAGAGACUUGGACGAAUGUGCAGUGACCAUUGGAACGGCCAGGAUUACACUCCUGGGAUGGUGUUUUCAGCUUUGCCGGACCUUAAUAGGCCCUCAGCCAGACCCCAAUCCUUCAAUUUCAUUCCUUACAGAUGGAGCGCCUCCAGGCCACAGAUGCAGCUGAGUGAGGGAAGCGGGAACGCCUGGAGACCGAGCGGGAGAACAAGCAGCUGUGGGCGCAGAUUGAGGCCGGGAGGAAUUUCUGGCCCGGAAACGGAGGCAGGCGGUCAGCAGCCAGGACACCCAUUCCAAAACCGUCCAAGCGGAGCUCUUUGAGAAGAACCAGAACAUGAGGGUCCUCUGGCGUGAUGAGAAACAAACCAGCUUCUAGUGGAUAUUGAGGAAUUUGGAAACCAAAGAGCAAUAAGAAAAACAGUCCUAUAGGAAAAAUAAAUCCUCUCAAGGUGCUGAUCUCUCUUUAGAUCAGAAAGGGAAAAAACAAGAGUCAAGUGUCCAUAUUACAAUUAUAUAUAUGUACAUAACACUGUAAAAAUGGAGAACAAAGAUUAUAACGGAAUUGAAUGUGGAAAGAACUUUAGUCAGCUUGGACAUCUGAAGACACAUCAAAGGACCCACACUGGGGAGAAACCCUAUAAGUGUUUGGAGUGUGGCAUAAGCUUCACUCAGAGGCGAAAUCUACUUUCACAUCAAAGGACUCACACCGGGGAGAAACCCUAUAAAUGCCUGGAAUGUGAACAGAGCUUCACUAGGAGCGGACAUCUGCUUUCACAUCAAAGGACUCACACCGGGGAGAAACCCUAUAUAUGCCUGGAGUGUGGACAGAGUUUCAUUGAGAGUGGAAGUCUGCGUUCACAUCAAAGGACUCACACUGGGGAGAAACCUUAUAAAUGCCUGGAGUGUGGAAAGAGCUUCAGUCAGAAUGUAAAUCUGCGUUCACAUCAAAGGACUCACACUGGGGAGAAACCCUAUAAGUGUAUGGAGUGUGGAAUGUGUUUCACUGAGAGUGGGAGUCUACAUAGACAUCAAAGAACGCACACUGGAGAGAAACCCUAUACAUGCCAGGAGUGUGGGAUGAGCUUCACUCAGAGGGGACAUCUACGUUCACAUCAAAGGACUCACACUGGAGAGAAACCCUACACAUGCUUGGAGUGUGGAAAGAGCUUCAUUGAGAAUGGAAGUCUACGCUCGCAUCAAAUGACUCACACUGGGGAGAAGCCCUAUACAUGCCAGGAGUGUGGAAUAAGCUUCACUCAGAGGGGAAAUCUAGUUUCACAUCAAAGGAUUCACACUGGGGAGAAACCCUAUAAAUGCCUGGAAUGUGGACAGAGCUUCACUAGAAGUGGAUAUCUACUUUCACAUCAGAGGACUCACACUGGGGAGAAACCUUACACAUGUCUGGAGUGUGGACAGAGCUUCACUGAGAGUGGAAGUCUGCGUUCACAUCAAAGGACACACACUGGGAAGAAGCCUUGUUGAUGAAGUUGUUUGUCUCAUGUUGGGAGUUUUACAUUUGUUACAACUUUUAUUAAAUUGUCUUUCCUUUUCUUUAA